CACGAUUUGGUGGCAUAACAGUGGGAUGUUGGUUCUAACCCCUUUCCUUUGCAUGUUGGUCUGAAUACCUCAUGGGGCUGAGGUUUGGCUCUUCAAUGAAUUUCACUUUACUGUGGUUACAGUUGCACAUGUAUCUUCUGGAUAGUGUUGGCUGAGGAAGUAGAUGUAUUCAGUCACCAAUUCUGUUCUCAGUUAUUCUACUGACGUCUGUCAAAUGACUCUAGAUUUAUACCAGUGUAACUGAGAACAGAAGCUGGCCCAAAGUCAAGAACAGUCUCUCCUCUUCUCUGGCCCAGAACAAGCUGUUCAAGUCAUAAUUGCCAGGCCAAACCCUCAAGGGGAAUGGACCCAGAUUCUGGUUCGGUUCAGACACAUGGUUUCUUUGCCUUGCUUUCUAGUGCAGUGAUCAAAGACCUGAUGCUGGAAUAGCUGAGGUCACCUUGUUCUAUGCUAGUUAUUUCUGCCAGUGUUUGGGAUUUUCACCCUAAGCUGGAAAGAUCCACUUCAUCUUCCAUCUGCUGUGGUGGGCGUUUGUAUUUCAGUAAAGUGGUUUCCCUUUCCCCAAGCAAUAGAAUUCACUUUGGUUUCCCUUUAUGACUACAAAGAAUUGGUAAAAGUGAUCUUGUUGGAUGAGGGAAACAGAGGCUUGUGCUAAUAGAUUUAAUUUUAUGUCCACCUCAAUUUAGAAAUUGCCUUUCUUGACAGUUCAGGGAAAUGCGGUUUGAGUGCUACUGCCUCUCUCGGAGGCAGCUCCCCUGCUUGUUGAGGGUGUUGUGGUCCUCCCCCGGGUCCAUAUGUUAACUCCCUGACACCUUUUUGUUUGUUUUCCCAAAUGCACAAUGAAUCCAUCAGUGCAGUGAUCACUGACCAGCAGCAGCACGCUCUGUACUCAUUCAUGUGCUGAUCACUGCUGCCAUGAAGGAUUUUCCGGCAAUAUCCAAGGGACCUCACUGAGCCGGCCCCACUCGGGCUAGGGAGGAGCUGCCAUCGGCUGGGAGCGCUGUCUCAGCUUGAUGACACAAAGCUGAAGAGACCUUUUUCCAUUCAGAGCUCUCAUCUGAUCAUGAAGUCCUGUGUGUGCCAUAAACAAAUAUGAACCUAUGCAAAAAAGUCAUCAAUUCAUUAGGGAUUCUCCUAUUUCCCAUGGUAAGGAGCAUUAACUAUUCAUUGUCAUUAUGAGCCCCUGGAAAGUUAAAGCAGCAUGUGUAGAAGUAGAGCAUGCUGCUGAAUAAAUGUCAGCCAGCAGUCACCACAGGGCUCUGAGUUUUGAGCUGGAGCCGUGGAUGGAUGCCACAGAGAGAGCGCCACAUGUCGAAACCAGCUCACAAAGAUUAAAAAAUAAAUCUUUCCUCCUCUUCUCAUUCUCAUGGGUAAUGCCGUGCUGCUGACUUCAGACUGCUAUGCAACUCCCAGAGGGUGCUGCCAAAAUGCCACUGUGAUGUCUCAUAGCAUAACCCUUCAGCCAAAUGCCAGCCCAGGGGGGUGGGGGAACCAACUGGCCCUUUACAUAUUGCAGCAGCAGUGAUGUCAUACGCUCCAGCCAAGUUUGCUGGUUUACCCAGCCCCUGUCUAGUGAAAAAAAAAGGCUGACAUUCAGUCUGUGCCAGACCAGGAAUAGUAUCUGUAAUUUAACCUCCUCAUCACAACUUGCUAGGCACUUCAGAGAGACACUGAAAAAAGCCUCCUAUUUAAAAGAGAGGGGAGGUUGGUUUCUAGAUUUAACUGCUUGAAAUCUGUGUUCAUGCAAACUUUUUCAGCAGCUCGUAUCAGAUGAUGCCUAUCACUAGCACCUCACACAUUUCUCAGGAUUUCCCAGCAGUUUCAGAUGCUCAGCAAUGCCUUCCUUUUUCUUUAACAUAGACUAAAUUCAGACAUCCUUAAAUGUUUGAACUAGCUGAAUCCUGACCUAAGCUCAAAUACCGCACCUUGCUUGUUAGUGGCCAUAUUGUCCAAAAAGGGAAAGAAAUGGGACUUUACCAGGUUAUUAAACCAGUCAGGAAGAGCUUCUUUGCCUAAGAAGUUGUUAUCAUAUUUCUACAAGGAGCAGCUACAUCAGUACAGUGCUGCUGUUUCCAUCCUGUCCCAGUAAUGGUCUGCACCUUGAAUACUUGGUGCAGAUACAGCUUUUCCAGCUUGAAACAUUACACUUUACAAGCACUCCUAUUAUGUCCAGGCAAGACAAGGAUUGUCACAAGGGUUUCAGAGGCAGUGGCAGUCACUAUUCUUUCCUUCAUCAGUGGCGCCGAGUUGUUUUUGUAACUGUGACUACUCCAUCUAGGAAAAUAAUUGCUGAGAUUACAUCAUGAUCUCCAUGCUUAUAGUUACUCUACUCACUUUUCAGCUAAAGUUCUCAGUUUACAAGGGACAAUAUAUUUCUCCAGACCUCUGUCCAUGAGAUCUGAAAGCCAAGAUUCCUCCUAGUUCAGGCUCCACCACCACUAAGUACUGAUAAACAUUGUGCUACUGGAAUGUAGUCAGCAGCCCUGUUAAUGAGUGAGACAGAACUUAAUCACCAUCUCCCAUGUCUGUGUUGGCUUCGCACAGUUAAGAGUACCACAGAAGCAGUAAAAUUGUAAUUUAACCUCUGAGCAAAGAGAGAACUGACUGUACAUCUCUGGAGUGAGGAUACCCUUUUACAUCUGGCUGUAACCAGAUGUAGCACUGCUUGUUGUUUGCUUGCUUUUCCUUUAGUUUAACUCUUUUCUAACCCACACAUCUUGGACAACAAAAAGCUGUGAUUGGUACAGGCUUAUCACUAAACACACAACUGCCAUUCCUCAGGUGAGGUGCAGGACAGAAUCGCAGUGGGUGAUUGCCACUUUUGCCAGUAGGUUUUGAAUAUCACGAGCUGACUCAAAAGUUUCCUUUGAGAAGACUGUGCUAUCUGCAUUACCUCAGGGCCAGACAGUUCUCCUUGUAGGAAAUUGAUAUAUUCUUGCAAAGAUUAGGCAAAUUGGCCUGAACCUUGGGGGUUUCCACAGCAGAAGAAGGGCAGCCAUUCAUGUUCACCAUGGCUGAACUUUCCUUUAGCAUCUCCAGUCUCUGGUUCAUGCAUGGAAGUAAAAAGAUGUUUUGUUUACUGCCCCUUACCAUGCCAGCUGUCCACCUUUCAUCUCCUUUACCACGGGACAGUGAAAACCAAGGACUUUGAAACCUCAGCUGCUUUAGUUCCAAGUUGACCAGAUUGACAUCUGUAUUUGUUGACAGUAGAAAUCCAUAUACAGGUGGAGUGGAGGCGUAUAUUUUCCUCUCAGUCCCUCUGAAAGGGUGGCACAGCAGGGAAGAAUUCUUCUUUUUAGCCUGGAGUCAUCACCCAGACUUUGCAGAGGGCAGAAUGCCAGGAAAUCAUUGCUCACUCAGCUGCCAGUCCCUGCUGGGGCUACCAGAGAGUGCUGGAGAAUGUGACAGUUGUUUGCUAGGAGCCUGACUGCACUCCACAAGCUAUCAAACCCAACAGAGUUCACUUAGGAUCAAAAAAAUGCUGAAAGCCAGAGACAUCCUGAGACACUACUUCUGUGGAAUCUACAUCACUGGACUAUUUCUACCUCCUCACUAAAUAUGGUCAGAAAAGAAGCCAAAUACAAGUAUGAGAGUGAGUUCUAAAAACAAGAAGCAAAAUUAUAAGGCAGAGAAGAAAGUUUCCUUCAGUUAUUCUGUAAGAUGAGUCAGCGUGCAGCAGCACCAGCUGGAAGAAUGGCUUUGUGCUUGUGAAUUGCAAACAGCUGGAUCUGCCUCACAAAGUCACCUGCCUAUUCAACAUCUGAAAUUAAUCCUUUGGAUACUUCACCCAUGACUCUCAUGAACAAUGCAGGGAAAUAAGAAACAUACAGAAGGACACAGUGAUUCCUCAAGUAUUGGGAGUCUCCUGGAUGACACAGACAGAGAAGUGAGCAGCCUCACAGAUCGGGCUUUCAAAAGUUUGUGUGUAGCAGAACUCGAAGACCCUUACAAUGAACCAGAACUUUCAAUUUCACCCGACUUUGCUCUCCAGUUGUCUGCUAAAAUUCACUCAGGGACAUUAAACCAUGACAUCAAGAAAAGCAAUGUCUGUGACAAGCUAACAGCAAGAAACAAUGAACAUACAAUAUGGGCUUCUACAUUCCAGCAGUUACCUAAGUGUGCUUCGGAGGAGAAGAGGAUUGCUAAAAACAACGCCUUUGCCAUGGAAAGGAAAUUGAGCUUGCCAGUCCCUGGUCCAAGGAACAAUAAGCAUGUUUCAAAAGUGUCCUCAUUGAUUAAGACAUUUGAUAAGACUGCAGACCAAGGGUCAGGAAGUUCUCUGAUAACAAAUAAGCAGCCCAUUAAGAAUAGCUUUCAAAAAUACAAAAUAAAUCAGGGCAAUGAUACUGCUUCCUGGGAUGAUACAGACAUUUUAAGCAUCCACAAGGAACUUUCUGAAUUUUCUGAGGCUAGUCAAGGUAGCCACUGCCUCAGCGGCAAACACGAGCCACAGAGAAGACCUAAUAAAAUAGACCUGAGUUAUGGGGACUCUGAUGGUUAUUAUCCUGUGCUGAUUGAGAUGUCAAAAGUAGCCAAGUCAAAUUUUUCCCAUUCUUCUAAGAAGGCUUUAAAAAACAGAAACUUGAAAGUUAGUGAGCCAGCAAAAAAAGGUAGUUUUCUUCACAGUGAGAAUAGUGCUUUUGAAUCAUGGAAUGUUCAUCAUAAAAAAAUGACAGAAAAGGAGGAAUUUGUUGACAUAAAAAUGGAAAAGGAAGAAUCACUUGUUAAAGGAUCGCACACAGAUGAACAUAAAUUGUCACCUGCCAUGACCACUGUCACUAAGAAGAAAGAUUUUCAGAUGAAACCAACUCUACAAGAAGCUUCUUUCUCUCUCCGAGUUGUACCUCAGGGUCCCCUCCCUUUAGAAACCAAAUUUCCUGUUGUUUUCCCUCCCACACCUCCACCUAGGAACCACGUACACCAGGGUCCCACUCGGCCACCCCCCGCCCCACCAGCUCUUCCUCUCCCACCCCCCUCCCGGCCCGCCCAUCCCUCAACACCCCCUAGCCCUGAAGCCCCUCCUGUGCCACCACCCCCAGUGCCCGCUCGACUUUCCCCCACUGCCUUGUCCCAAGCCUCUGUGUCACCCCAGUCUGUGUCCUAUAGGAUGGUUUCACCCUCACUCAGAUUUGAGACACCCAGUCCACCUCCACCGAAACCCCAGGCCACCUUUACUGAGGAGGAAUCCCACAGCCCCCAGCUGGGCAAUGCCUGCCCACCCUGGAGGAGACAGAGGGCUACAGAAAGGGCAGCAGGGAAGAAACAGGCGGCAAAGGAGAAGGUCACAGACAGCCACAGGACCUCAUUGUCUGAAAAGGUGGCUGCUGCUGACCCUGGUCUGCAUGUGACUCCUCUGGCUAAACAGGCAAACUCCCCCGGAUCCAUCAGUCCCUCUUUCAACAUCAGCGAACUCCUAACACCUGUCAUACCACCGAAACAGGAGGUGGACACUGUUGAAAGGGAGCUGAUCCCACUGACACCUCCUCCCACAGAGAGCACGGCCUCAAGAGACCAUGAGGAGAGCACCUUAGACGAUUACAGGUCUUGGGAUAGUUGCAGGUUGACAGCAUCCAGUCUGUUAUUUAACUUAAAGGAUGUGCGCAAACGUGUAAAAAGCAUUUAUACCCCUUCUCCCCUGUUAAGGGCCUUGGAAGAGAAAAAUAAAACCAGGGAAAAUAUGCAGGAGAGUACAAAAAUGGAUGCCUCAUUCUCAACUUCGCAUGACAAAAGUGAGAAAAAUAUUACAGAGAAAGAUGAAUUGAGUGAUAUAGCCUAUGUAUUGUCUAGCAGUGUUCAUGAAAACGACAAUAAAACCAAUUUAACUGGACACUUCACAGGCAAUUAUCUGACUUUGAGUUCACCCCAGACAACAGAUGACCUUCCAUUUUACGAAACUGGAGACAGCAUGAAGCAAGACAAUUCAAAACACCAAGAUCUGGUCAAAAACACAGGGGAUAAUGAAAAUUUCCCCUCAUUCAGACAUGAAUCAAAUGAACUUGACUUAGGAAAACAUCAGCAGUAUACUGCACAGAGACCAUUCAAUAGAGACAAUGCAGAUACAAAAGCUGGGCAGCCCAUGCAAAAUCACAAUGUGCAGGGUGAGGAAAAUGAAAGACAAGCUGCUAUUCAGAAUGAAAAUUUUGCCUUCAAAACACUCCUAAACCAACUCACACCAGAAGAAGAUGAGCCUUACAGUGGCACCCAAACCAACAUUGUGGUACCUGGCCAUGAAGCACGAGGCAAAAGAAGCACUAGUUCCUCAGAGCAAUCCUUCGUCUCCACAGUGGAGCAGCCACUUCAGGAAGAGACAUUUCUGCCAGUGCCCCUGAUGGAGCAGACGUGCCUCCAAGAAAGCCAGAGGACUGACAGUGAAACGGGUUCAGGAAGUAAGAAAAGGCACAAGGAGAGAGGGAAAGAGGUUGGGGAAGAUGAACUGCAAUAUUGUGCUUGUAUCAGCCCUGGUACUGAUGCAGCAGAGAAGAGGGAGGGAAGUGUUACUGGAAAUGAACAGAGGAGCUUGAUGAAAGAGAAACUAGGGAGAGAGAAAAGGGAAGAGGCCAACAGCACAAAUUCUGUGUCUGACAGUAUAAGAGACACGUCCAUCUCCAGGUCUGAGGAACCACAAACACCAUCAUCUUCAAGCUCAACCAAACCCAGUCUGUUUAUGAUUAAAGAUAACACAUUCAGGUCGCCUCAGGUAAUAAGGGCUGUCAAGCUGCCCCUACUCCGGUCAUUUUCCCUGGAUGAUUCAGUGAGCAGCAGUUAUAAGGAAAUGGAACGUAAGUUUAUGUCCCCAGCAGUUUACAACAAGCAGCACCGAAACAUGUUGCACGCCCAGGAGGUUGGCUGGUGGGCAUCAAGACACAGAGGGCAGCAGAACGUGAGAGAUGGAGCAACUGACAGAGAAAAAGAAGCCAGUGAGUCUGGAUCUACUUCAGUAACAGUGGAUCCCAGCCUUCUGGAAAAUACAGAGAGCUUUCCAUUUGGAAAACUGACAGAAGAAGAUGAAAAGACUUGUGUGUUGUUAAAUAAAUUUGGGAAAAUGGAUGAGGAAAGUGUCUGUAGAAGUAAAAAGAAGCCUACAAAGGCAAGACACAGCUUAGCACAGCCAAUUAUAUGUCUGGAAAAUGACCAAGCACAAAACAACCCCAGCUAUCCUGCAGAAACAAAGACAAAUUACUUUAAGAAUCAUCAUUUAUCUAACCGCAAAGGGGGCUCUUGUGCAAAAAAAAUAAUCACAAGGCAGACAAUUUCCCCUGUGACUGGCUCCAUAUUAGAGGACCACACAUGUUCUUCUGUAUCCAAUGACACUUUAGAGGAUAUCCUGCACACAGAAGGUGCACCUUUGUUAGACAAUCUUUCACGCCCUGCUGUUAGAAGCCCCAGGUCAGGAAACACAAUGCACUCUCUUGCUGCCAGUUCAUCGUCAGAUAAACCAACUAUUUCUGGCCUUAGAGAGACAGAGGAUGUUACAAAUCCUGCCUUGUUGAACAUGGCAUUAGAGAGGCAAGUGUAUAUGCCUGCAGAAGAGAUAAUCGAUUCGGCACAGAGGAAUCUACUUUUGGAUGUUGCAGGGGAAGAUGGGAGACUGGAGCCCAGGGGACUUGGUGGGAGACCAGCAGGCAAGCCACCCACUGUGCCACCAAAAACAGAAAAGGCUCUGCGUCGGGCUAAAAAGCUGGCAAACAAGAGGAAAAAGGUGCAAGAGCAGCAGAAAAAUCAUCAGACUGAGCAUGCAGGUGCUGUGGGGAGAAAGCCUACUCAUUCUGGAGAGACAACAGUAUCUGCUUCACCCUCAGUAUAUUCUCCCCUUCAUCCUCCCCUCCACUCAACUUUUACUCCCACAGAAAACGCUCCUGGGAAAUCUAGACUUGCACCAGCAGCAAGCUCUUCACCCUCUUCCACCCAGCGGAAACUCCUCCAGGACCCUGACUCCGGUCAGUACUAUGUAGUCGAUUUACCAGCCGAAGUUAAUGUAAAGACAUUUUAUGACCCAGAAACAGGUAAAUAUGUUCAAGUCUCAGUCCCUUCCUUGGAACAGAACUUACACCAGUCCACCUCUUCAGAAAUGAGGAAUUGUCCCUAUGCCUCCUACCCUAGAGUGCUGCCUUUACCAGCCUCAUCAGUGGCUGUGCUGAAAUCACCUUCUCAGCUCUCUGAACCCGCCUGGUCAGUGUCUGCUGCACCAGAACCAGCUGAACUAUCUGAAGAUGGCCAGCAGGACUACAGAUACACUGAGUCUGUGGAUACUCAGCCCGAAACUGAACCAGCCUCCUACUCCUACCAUCAAGAUGCUGGAGAAACUCAAGUUUACUUAGGAAAGGAUGUGAGCCCAACCCAAAAUACUAGCAUUGUCACCCUCACCAAUAUAGAUGAUUUUGCUGCUGAAGGAGUAUCUUGAAAACUGAAGAAACAAAACAUGCCAGCUAGUGUUUUUAAGAACUGUUUGGACAGACACAUGCACACAAAUGCACAUGCAGAUUUGAUAUUUGUACAACACUUUGUCUGAGUCUCAUUGUGGUUUGAGUGAGAAAGGAAAAGAAAGCUGUUCAUGUUGAAAGAUGCAAAGUAAUGACCACUCUGAAGAAAGGAGAAAUUGAGUAAGAACCAAAUUAUCAGUGAGAUGAAGGGGCAAUGCCAGCUAGACAAAUACAUGUGACAAUGUAAAGCCACUGCUUGCUGCUGCUGCUGCUUUGUCAUUAAGAAGGCUGGGAUAGCCAAAGCAAGUGUCCUGUUGCCCAGAUGUGUUGCAUGAUACAUGACACUAAAUAAAACCUAUGAGACCAUCCUAUGCAUCCUAUGAGACCUAGAACUGACGCUGCAUCUACUGAACUUUCCUCACUCACUGCCUUUGAACUAUAUUGACAGGUAGAAAGUAUGUGGCUACAAACAUGCCAUAUAUGCAAGAUCCAUUUUUUGCACACUUUGAUUGCCCUGAUGUCAUUGACAAGAAGAUUGUAUACCGGAUGCAUGAUACAGCAGCCAUGUAAAGAAAAAACGCUUUUAAACAACCAGAAUACAGUUGCAGCUGCUCCAGACUUCCCAUAUACUUUUGCAGUGCCCACUAAUAUGCUGCUGAAUUCUUUAUAUUUCUUGAUAACAUCCAAAUAGGUUUCCCCAGAGUCAGGGUUUAUUUAUAAUGCAACUUAAAACUUCAGGUUAUCUUGAUACUUGGCCUGAAAUAUUUUGGUGAGGAGCAAGGUAGAAUGAAAUCCCACAACAGUAUUUAAUUGUUCAUUAGGACAAGAAGUUCUUAGCUAUUGUAAUUGAAAUGUGUUUUGUUUUGUUUUCAGGCUCCCACUGAAACAUGGCAUUAACUUUUAAAACCUGAAAAAUGUACCUAAGUUUGAUCUUGUGAAUUCUGUGAUUUAAUACAAACAAACAAACAACAUAUACAGAACAUCCAAAGUAUUAAUUUCUAGAAAAGUGCUUCUUUGAAUUAUCACUUUUCUUUGAAAAUCUGUAUGAAAAUAUCACUAAUCCUUGCAUAAGCUCUUUUUUAUCAUCAUAAUUAAUGAGGAAACCAAGGUGAAAAAAUGGGAAAAAUUGAAUGUAUUGUGCCUGCUUGUAAAUAUCUGUAUUUGGAGUAUUGGCUUAAUUUUUUCUGUGUCUUUUUCAUACUGUUUUCCCCAGUUAUCACUGAAGUGCAGAAGCUCUAAGGAAGAAUUAUACCAGUGACUUUCAGCCUGAUUCACAUCUUAGGCAAUUUUUACAGGAUUUUUUUCAGUGAAGCAGCUCUUGACUUCCUGAAAAGAAAGGGAUGAAUCAGGCUUUUUGUUAAUGAAUACAGUGUGGAGACAGGACACAGGUACUGCUCCACUCUCCCAGUGUUAAUAUUUAUCACAGAGUUUUCCUUCAGAAAUUUUCCCAGGACUGAAGCCUCUCUUGGGACACAGACCCACUACGUGGUUUUUCUCCUUCCUUAACCUGAAUUCAGCUCUCAGUCUUCCUCCAUCCCUGACAAGAGCCAUGUGUUCACAACCUGUCCUGGUCCCCCCAGACAGUUCCUUUCUUCAGUGCCACUUACUGAGACAUUUCUCUUAGGCAAACACAUCACUUCAUUGAUUACAGUGGGGAUUUAGCCUUUAAUGAUUUUCUAUGGUUGAUUUCACCUAUUACACAUUUUGUGAUUUGGUAGGUUUGAUUGCAGCAGAGGUGUGGGUUGGAAAUGAAGAAGCUUGUACUGGUAUGUUUGAGUUUUAGGCAUAUUCAGCCAAAUGCCCACAUUUGAAUAAACAUUUAUUGUUCAGUUUUCUCCCCCAGAAAAUUUUCAUCACCUGACUGAAUAAAGCUCUGAACAACCUGGGGUGUCCUCAGAGCUGACCCUCCUUGACCAGGAGGUUCACCCAGAGAUCUCCUGAGAUCUUCUGCAGCCUGAAUUAUCCUGUGAUCCUGUUCUGAAAACAUUAAAAUUUAAAUUAACUUUGACUUGGAACUCAGGAAAUGCCCUUUCUCCCCUGAGAAAGGGCUCAUUUUGAAAGAAAGGUUUUUAAGAAACCCUGAAAAUUGAGAGUGUUUCAAGAAUAAGAAUUAAUUCUCAAGUUGUUAAAUUAAGGGAAGUGGCUCUCACUAUAAAUAUUUUUUUUAGUCACCAAUAUUUCAUAAACUGAUGGUGCUAUUCAUGUUGCACUACUCUGUUGCUGUCACUCUAUACAGCAUAAUGUCUAUCCAGUAUAGAGCAGCAUCUCAUCCACAUGUUAAAAUAUAGAUAAAUAGAUCCAUUAGAGUUUUCCAUGGUGCAUUUAGACAAAACCUAUGAAAUCUUAAAGCCUACCAGAGUGCACAAGCCUUUUUUUUUUUUUUUGUAUGUGUGUGUGUGUAUGGUAUUACAAAUUUUAAUGCCCUUAAUGGCCACAAGUCAAGAAGCAGGCUCUCAGAGGACAGGAUAAAAGCUUCCUUUCCAAGGGAAGACUAUGGAUAUGAAGUAUCUGUGCAUAGAUUAAAAAAUGAAUGGUAAUUUGAUGAGAAAAAUUUAUACAUGUAUUUAAAAAGGUCCCUUUUACUUCUUUAACUACCAUUUAUUUUGUAGACAUGCACACUUCUGAACCCUUUUGUCAAGACUCUCCUAAAACUCUUAUUGUGGAGAAUGGGAUGCUCCAUUAUAGUGCUUCCAGGUAUGUGAGGAAGGCAGGGUGUAUUUUUCUCUCUGCUGUUAAGGUGAACUGAACCAUGGGCAUUUAAAGAGGAGCCAGUCCUAACUUGGAUACCAAAUACAUGUCAACUAGGACUUCUUCAUUUCCAUCAGCCCUUUCUGCUAGCUUCAGGGAGCUGCAUUCACAGUGGACUGUGUCUCUGAACAGCUCCCAGAGGGGGUUUUGACCUAGAGAAUUUGUAGCUAAAUUGUUGUAGCAAGGUGAGGGUGUUCUCCAAGGUAACAAGUGACAGCACCUGAGGAAAUUACCUGAGAGGUAAUUUCCAGGAAGGUUUAGAUGAGACACUAGGAAACAUUUCUUCACUGUAAGGGUGCUCAGUCACUGGAAUAAGCUGCCCAGGGAAGCAGUGGAAUCACCAUCCUUGGAGAUGUUCAAAAGAUGUGGUGAACACUUGAUGCUAAGUUAACUGUUGGUCACAAGGAUUUUAGAGGUCUUUUCCAACCUUAAUGAUUCUAUGAUUCUGUGAAAUUAAACAAACGGGGGAGUUUUGAGAGUAAGGAAGUGGGUUUUGUCUUGUAUCCAAAGCUUUCCGCACUUUGCCACAGGGCAUGAGUGAUAUUAGAAAAGUAUUGCUCUAGGUCCCAGCCUGGUGUUGAGCAGGAACCCAUCAGCAAACCUGUCCCUGGCCUAGCCCAUGCUGCUGGCCAACUUCUUGCUAGGCUGUGGGAGUGUGUGUGAACAAACACACCCAUGCAUCCACGUCGACAACCCUAUAUAUAAAUGUAAUAUACCUGUAAAACUGCCAUUUGCAUAUCAGAAAGCAGUAAUGCCUGUGAUGGUGAGCACAAAAUGUUUGUGUGUUAAAGGAAGACAAAUGACACUUUUUCAAACAACAAAUACUUUUUGUUCCUUGCCCUGUUGUGUUCGUGUUUGCUGGGGGGAUGUUUUCCAUUGCUGCUGCGGGAAACAGGGCUGAAGAGGUCAGUACUAGGCAGAGUGAGAGCUGUAAAUUGACCCUUUUUUGGGGGGAGGGGUGCUAUGGGAAACGUGCAAUAGUCCUGAAAGCAGUUGUAGGAAAGCAGUAUUUCGUGACAGUGACAUUAAGUUGUAGGUGAAAGAGGUGUUGAGGCAAACCAAACCAAAUUCUGCCUUGCCAGCAGACUGUGGUUAGGGCUAAAGAACACAGCAGGUUCUUGGUAUGCACGGAAGCACAGCAGGCUGAAGGGAACAGGGCCAUUGCUUUCACUGUUUUCUUCUCCUGCACGUGGCCUUUGUGCAUGUUGCAUUUCUUGGUGCCCUGAGGCUCCUUUACAGUGGUGAUUCUUCCUUGGCAGGUGUGACUGAGGCCAAACCUGACUUAGUCUUUGGUUCUAGGGCCAGAACUGCCUCCCUCUGAAUCUCCUCUCCUUGUGGAGUGACUGCAAUGCCAACAGUCCAGCUGUCACACGGCAGACUGGGACUGCCAUCCCACAGCCAUGGCUCUGUCCCAGGGGCUUGAAUUUCCUCAUGGGAAAUGCUGGAUUUGUUUUAGAGAGUUUAGUUUAAUUGAAAUGGCCUACAUGGAUUUUUGUCAAGUCCUCCUUGGGAGUUCAGUGCCUUCCUAAGUCAUCUGUCCAAGAAGAUAUUUGUUCCAUCAAUGCAACUGUAUUUGCAAAUAAGUAAUUAUUUAUUAAUUAAUAAACAAAAUAAAUGGGACUUGUUUUAUAAUACUGGAAUGACUUUUAGCCAGCUUUUUCAUUGUAAUUAUGUGUCAUUGUAAUUCUAUCUCCAGUUAUGCUGGCAGAGAAAAUUGAGAACAAGGAAAUGUGUGUGUGUGUGUGUGUGUGUGUGUGGUAUACAAUUAAAAGAUUUAGGAGAUGACUGCAUGCAGAGCUUCAUCCCUCUUCCUCCCCUUCCUAAAGAGAGGGAGCAGGACACUGAGCAGAAGCACCUUUGGCCCACGACUCCUGCGAUCAUUCCCACCCUCUCUGUUAUGCAAGGGCAGUGGUCUGUCUGGCCAGAGGACCAUGGAGAUAUGGUGCCAGCACCCAGUUCAAAAGCACUGGGAGAUGAUCACCUUCUUGCCAGCACCCAGAGGACAUCAGGGCUUUUGUACUCCCUGUGUCCCAUCCACUUGGGGGAAGUUACCACGUGUGUAACUUGCUUUUUUUCACAUUUCUCCUUAUUUUCUCCUAUAUGUUGUGUUAUGAAACACAGUGGAGACUCUUCUCAGAGUGAUUUUGUCUUAGUCCUUGUCCAGACUGGCAAUUUUAUUUAGAAUUGCUCUGCUUUGAUCCCUGAGUAGCCAAGAAGUCCUUGCUGACAGUGGAAGUGCUACUGCAAUAUGAAUAUAACAGACCAUAAAGAGAAUAGUUGGCUGGUUAUGUUUUUACCAGAAAUACAUUGACAGGUUUGCACAUCUGUAUUUGGGGGAUAUGCUGUUUCAUUUCUGUGUAAAUAAAAACUCUAAGUUUGAUCCCUUCUCUCCCUGAAAAACAGCAUCAGAAGCUGGUGAUAUUGCACAUGAUGGGUUACAUGGGCUCUAGUGAAUACAUAUAAAUGUGUAAUUUGGAGCAACUGGUGUACAUCAGUCAUUUUUAUUAAAGAAACUCUGCUUCAAAGCCUUAUAGAAGAUAAAGAACAUGGAACACUUGAGUAAAUUU